GACAGGGACGGGCCCGGUGGUGGAAGCAGUAUGGCGUGGAGACAGCUGAAAAAGCGGGUCCAGGAUGCCGUGUUCAUCCUGGGGGGCGGAGGACUUCUCUUCACCUCCUACCUGACAGCCGUUGGCGAUGAGCAUUUCUACUCCCAACACUUGAUGCCGGCCCUGCAGGGGCUGCUGGACCCAGAGUCAGCCCACACGCUGGCCGUUCGCUUCACCUCCCUGGGGCUCCUGCCUCGAGCCACAUUUCAGGACUCUGAAAUGCUGGAGGUCAGAGUCCUGGGCCAUAAAUUCCGAAAUCCAAUAGGAAUUGCUGCAGGAUUUGACAAGCAUGGGGAAGCUGUGGAUGGACUUUAUAAGAUGGGCUUUGGUUUUGUUGAGAUAGGAAGCGUUACCCCGAAACCUCAGGAAGGAAACCCCAGACCCAGAGUCUUCCGCCUCCCCGAGGACCACGCCAUCAUUAACAGAUAUGGAUUUAACAGCCAUGGACUCUCAGUGGUGGAACACAGGUUACGGGCCAGACAGCAGAAGCAGACCAAGCUCACAGAAGAUGGGCUGCCCCUGGGAGUAAACCUGGGGAAGAAUAAGACCUCGGUGGACGCGGCUGCGGACUACGUGGAGGGAGUUCGAGUCCUUGGCCCCUUGGCUGACUACCUGGUGGUGAACGUGUCCAGUCCCAACACUGCUGGGCUGCGGAGCCUUCAGGGAAAGGCAGAACUGCGCUGCCUGCUGACCAAGGUGCUGCAGGAGAGGGACGCCCUAAAGGGUGUGCACAAGCCAGCCGUGCUGGUGAAGAUCGCCCCCGACCUCACAGCGCAGGACAAGAAGGACAUCGCCGGUGUGGUGAGGGAGCUGGGCAUUGAUGGGCUGAUCGUCACGAACACCACAGUGAGUCGCCCUGCCAGCCUCCAGGGCCCACUGCGCUCCGAAAUAGGAGGACUGAGUGGGGAACCCCUCCGGGAUCUGUCAACUCAGACCGUCCGGGAGAUGUAUGCACUCACCCAAGGCAGAGUCCCCAUCAUCGGAGUUGGCGGCAUCAGCAGCGGGCAGCAUGUACUGGAGAAGAUCCGGGCGGGGGCCUCCCUGGUGCAGCUGUACACGGCUCUCACCUACCAGGGGCCGCCGCUGGUGGGCCGAGUCAAACGGGAGCUGGAGGCUCUUUUAAAAGAGCAGGGAUUUAGCAGAGUCACAGACGCCAUUGGCGCAGAUCAUCGCAGGUGAGGACGCUGUCGGUGGGAAGCCCAAGCCGGUGACCUUCCCCCUAAGCCAGAUGGGCCUCUGUGGCUCGGAGGUAACCAGAGGUGCUGCCUGGGGCCGGAUCCCCCAGAUCCCCAGAUCCCUUCCUCGGCGGCCUGGCCGGACAGUGCAAGACGACUGUGAGGGUCACCAGAGCAGCAGACGGCAUCUUCAGGCACUCGGUCAGACCCCAACCCAAAGUCAUGAUUCUUUCCUGAUUCAAAUCCCAGGAUCCUUAAUACCGUGUGGACCUUCGAUAUUUUGGGGAAAUCGUGGAAAAAAUAAAGCCAUUUAAAGCCUGAA